AUGUGGACUGAUCUUCUUUUACAAGGCGCUUUAAUUCUUGUUACGAUUUUCAUGUUCCUCGCCAUGCACGAUAUCCCCAAAAAGAUCUUCACUAAAUUCCGGUAUCGGAAUCGAGCCGACUUCCAAGCUAAGCGCCACUUUGUCCUCGGAGCCCAGCUUCUUUCUCAAGCCAGAUCCUCCAAGUCUCGCUCAUCCACCACUUCUUUAGCCAAACAUGCCGAAUCCGAAGCUGAGAAGGCUAUUUCUCUUGACCCAAAAGACGCCGCCGCUUACAUCCUCAAAGCACUCGCUCUUGAUCUCCAGGGCUUCAAGACCUCCGCUCUUGACUCCCUUGACGUCGCUCUCUCCCCUCUUGCUUCCAAGUCGUUGACUGAUGAAGAACGAGGCGACGCUCUGUUUAAACGAGCCGAGUUGAAGAUGUCCAUGAACCGCCGAGGCAGCCGAGUGGACUCGGCGAUCGACGAUUUGACCAAGGCUGUAGAAUUGAGUGCGGAUAACGUCAAGGCGUUUUGUCUGUUGGGAGAGUGUUAUAAAUUGAAGAAGAUGAAAGCCGAAGCUAAAGCAGCUUUCGAGGAGGCUCUUAAGGUCGAGCCCAGCUCCAACGCUGCUCGCACCGCCCUUGACCGGUUGAGCUCGUAA